AUGGCGGCGUAUUUCGAUAUGAUAGUUUGUUUCGCUGCUGUGGUAUUUUUGGGUUCGUGUGCAGCACAUACACCUGUUGUGAUGUGGCAUGGAAUGGGGGACAGUUGUUGUGACCCGCUGAGUUUGGGUGACACAAAGGGUCUCAUUGAGAGAACCAUGGAUGGUGUCUAUGUCAAGUCCUUAAAAAUAGGCAGAGAUGUUGAGGAAGACAUAGCGAAUGGAUUCCUCAUGAAUGUCAACAAGCAGAUUGACAUGGCCUGCCAGCAGUUGGCUGGUGACGAGAAGCUGUCUAAUGGCUACAACGCUAUUGGAUUCUCCCAGGGAGCACUGUUCAUGUAAGGCCAUCGCUCAAAAUGUCCAACUCCCCCAAUGCUCAACCUGAUUUCAGUUGGAGGACAACACCAAGGUGUGAAUGGCCUCCCCAAGUGCCUAGGAGACAAUGACAGAAUAUGUACCAUGGCCCAGCACCUACUCAACAUCGAACCAUAUGCUGCAUUUAUACAAGACCACCUGGUGCCAGCACAAUACUGGCAUGAACCUCUCAAAGAAAAAGAAUAUCGAGCCAAGAGUGUCUUCCUUGCUGACAUCAACCAGGAGCGACCGACCAAGAACAUGACAUACAAGGAGAACCUGCUGAAGCUGAAGAACAUGGUGCUGGUGAUGUUCCUGCACGACACCAUGGUGCAGCCCAAGGAGAGUGAGUGGUUUGGGUUCUACGCCCCAGGGCAGACUCAAGAGCUAUACAACAUGACACAGAGUGACCUCUACAAGAAUGACUACCUUGGUCUGAAGACGCUGUACGAGAGUGGCCGCAUCACCUUCCUGUCCUGGGAUUCAGACCAUCUCCGGUUCACAAACGAAUGGUUCAUCAACAGCAUCAUCAGAAGAUUCCUGAUGUAGACUUCUUUCAU